AUAUGUUUGAUGUGAGGAGGCAGGCCGCUCAAUGUGGUGUAGAUUUUGCAAGAAGGACCGGCCAUCUUUUUACGCUCGCUCGUUUGUUUGGUGGAAUUAGGAUCAAAAUUUAUUUGUAAUUAAUGUCAGAACCACAGUCGGCGCUCUUACUAAGGAAGCAACUAGCAGAAUUAAAUAAGAACCCAGUUGAGGGUUUUUCUGCUGGUCUUAUAGAUGACAAUGAUAUAUACAGAUGGGAGGUGCUUAUUAUUGGUCCCCCAGACACACUAUAUGAGGGUGGAUUCUUCAAAUGUCAUCUCAAUUUUCCAAAAGAAUAUCCACUUAGGCCACCCAAAAUGAAAUUUGUAACAGAAAUUUGGCAUCCUAAUAUUGAUAAGAACGGUGACGUGUGUAUAUCAAUUCUGCACGAGCCGGGCGACGACAAAUUCGGCUACGAGAAGGCGUCGGAAAGAUGGCUGCCAGUGCACACGGUAGAGACUAUUUUAAUAUCAGUUAUCUCGAUGCUCGCGGAUCCCAACGACGAGUCGCCUGCGAAUGUCGACGCAGCUAAAGAGUGGCGGGAAUCGUACUCGGAGUUCAAGCGAAAAGUGGCGAGAUGCGUGCGAAAGUCGCAAGAGGAAUGUUAGUAUUGAGCCCUGCACAACACCUCCCCAUCCACAUCCAGACGAAAAAAACAUACAAAAAAUAAAACCAGCCACCACUUGACAACAACAAAAAUCGAAAGCAACAUCAAUGAUGCAAAAGUAAAGAGUGCGCGCCUCCUUCGAACCAUCCUCCAAAUAUUUUCUCUCCCGUUGCAUAACAAAUAAAUAAUAAACGAAAUACCAAUCAAUCAACGAUACACAGCAACAAUACAGUAAUCUACCAACUCGAUCUAUUGCACGCCGUUCGAUGCGUAUGAUCUCUCUCCAGCACAGAAUUACGCAUUAGGUGUGUGUUUUGUGUGUGUUGCGUCGUGAGAACUACUAAUCUUUUUUGGAAUUAAUUUAUAUAUUCUUUAUACGUUUAUUCGAAUAAAAUGACAGCCGAGCGAUAUGACGAGCAGAUGAUGGAAGCAUUUGCAAGCGUUUGCAGUAAACUCGUCACUAGUGUGCGACGCCCGACGAGUCGCCUCCCAUAAUCAUUCAUUUACCAAAUAGCAAAACUAAUAAUUAUGAUAAAAGUAAAAUAAAUACAAUGAUUUCACUUUUUAA